AGCAGUUUGUGGCUGGACUUGUGUGAGGACUGGAAUAAGACCAAGAUUGGUUGGAAUGUUACAGGAUUGAGCAAAACAUGCACUUAAAGUGGAUUAUUCUCUUGGUUUUUUUUGAAGGCUGGUUCCCAGGUUCCUACAGUCAGAAUUGGGCAUUUACCCUCCCUGAAUCCAUCAGAGCAUUGAGAGGAUCCUGUGUGGAGAUUCCCUGCACCUUCACCCGCCCCAGGGACUAUGAGAACUUCAAUCUGGUUUGGUACAAGGAAAUCAAUCUUCAACUUGACUAUAAAAUAUUCAACCACCGGGAUCCCUCUGAUGUGAAUGAACAUUACAGAGGUCGCACUUUCCUGGUCAGCAAUGACCCAAACAGCUGCUCCCUGAGGAUUAAUGAUGUGCAAGAAACUGGCACUUAUUAUCCCUAUAUACAUGGAAACUGUUGUGUCUUCGCUACGUGUCAGACUGUACAUGUUGAAGUCUCAGAUGUUCCCAAUGAGCCAUCAAUAGAGAUACCCACAGAUCUAACUGAGGGGGAAAGUGUCUCCAUCUCCUGCUCUGUAGAACACACCUGCCCCUCCAGUCCCCCUACUCUACAGUGGAACAAAGCUGGACAUAAACUCACUGAAAGGCAGUAUAAACUUAAGGAUGGAGUACGGAAAGUUACAACUGUUAUGGAAUAUCUCCCCAACUGCCAGGAUCAUGGGACUGAACUUAUAUGUGACGCUAUACAUCCAAAUUGGAAGAUAUCUAAAAAACUGGCCGUUUUAAAUAUAAAGUAUUCACCAAAAAAUGUAAGAGUCAUAUCUGAUGGUCAGAAGGACAUUAAAGUAGGCGAUCAAGUGAGAUUAAUCUGUGCCAGUGAUGCCAACCCUCCUGCAAAUUACUUUUACUGGCACAGAUACUUGAGAGACAAUACUAAAAUGUGGAAAAAGGAGCAUGGGCAGAACCUAACUGAGACUGUGCGGCGGGACAGAAAGAAAUAUUCCUGCACCGCAUGGAACCCACUGGGAACUGGAGAUUCCAAGGUUUUGGAGCUGCAGGUUUUAUAUGACGACAAAGAUGUCACAAUUAAAGGAAAAAAUAAAAUUGAGGAAGGAAAAGUCCUGCAGCUUGAAUGUCAUUUCUCAGACUAUAAUACAACUAACUCCCACUACAGCUACAGCUGGUAUCUAAAUGGGAAUCCUGUGAAUGGACAGACUGGCAGAAUUUUACAAAUAAAUAACAUUACAAAGUCCCGUUCUGGCAACUACAGCUGCAUUGUGCAGAACAGAGGCAGAUCUUUCUAUUCCCCAUGGUUUGCUGUCACAGUCAUGUCUGCACAGACAGGAGACGAUCUGCCAAUGGGGGUAAUAAUCGGAGGUGUAGCUGGUUCUGUAUUGGUCAUACUAUUGAUUCUAGGUCUAUACUUAUUUUACAGAAAGUCACAGAAACUAGAGGCUUCUGGAGGCAGGAGAGUUGAGACCAACAUACAAAAUGUCCAACCCAUUGAAAGAGUUUACGCUGCACUUCAGAUGAGACACACAGAUGUAUAUGAAGAUAUUAUGUAAAAACACAUUGAGGAGAGUUGACAUUGUUUCAGCCCAAGUAUGAAAAUGGAACAUGGAUGAAGCAUUUGGUCUGAACAAGGAGCCAAGUGGUUUCAAAGAGAAGGAUGUGAAACAUAAAUUCACAGAAAUGAUUCGACAUAUACGGGGUUGUGUAAUGAAAUAAAAUAAUGGGGAAGCCCAUUUAUCAACAU